AAAGAGUGCAUCCGUAUCCCCCGACUCCGAGUCAAAACAACAAUGAACAUUUACGUAAGGAGGGUCCUGUCGUCACUCCGGCAAUAUGAGCCAAUAUUCUCAAGGAACACCCCACAAACCCUGCAGAGAUAUGGGGUGAAGGAAAGUCCUCUCCUAAGGUUCGCCUCGACGGGCAAGACAGUGAAAUCACCCACGAAAUCCAACGCCAUGAAGAGAUACGGAAAGCUAGUCGCGAUUGGGUUCAGUAUGGGAGCCAUAGGAGGGGCGGCUUACAUGUACGAAAUCUACAAGAAGAUCGUGACGCCCGUGUCCAACCCCUCUGAGGGCAGCGAGUACCUGCUCAAGGAGAAACCGCCCACUUUCAAGCCAGCGAGAUCUAUUCGAACUCCAACAGACACAACUGGCCUGAAGAUAACCUUGUUCCAGUAUCAGACUUGCCCAUUCUGUUGCAAAGUCCGUGCUUUUCUUGAUUAUUAUGGCUUCAACUAUGAUGUUAUUGAAGUUAAUUCAGUGACUCGGGCACAAACACGAUGGACAGAUUAUAGGAAGGUUCCUUUCCUUGUUGUAGAAUUACCAAAUUCUGAUAAAGUUCUGCAACUUAAGGACAGUUCAAUGAUUGUAUCAGUAAUGCAGUCAUUCCUAGAUAACAAAUCAGAGAAUUUAGAAGAUCUAGUCAAAUGCUACCCAACAAUAGAGUUCUCUGACGAUGAGGGAGAGAAGCGCUUAGAGAUUAUGAAUCGUUAUUUCUUGAUGUAUGGAAAGCAUCCCCCAGGACGCUCCAAAGAUGACAUUGUAGACGAAAGGAAAUGGAGAAAAUGGGUCGAUGAUGUUUUAGUACAUGUACUGUCACCAAAUGUGUACCGCACUCCACAAGAAUCAUUCCAGGCUUUUCAGUGGUUCUCAAAG